ACUGUGGCAACGUCUACAAAACACUUGAAGAAACACCUGCAAAGCUCCCUGAAAAACGAUGGAUCUCCUGUUUACUAGACCGGCGCUUUAACCAACUAAGCGCCACUAACAUAACCGGAAAAAUACGGCUCUUAAAGAUUGUGACAAUGUGCACAUUUUGAAUAAUUAGUGGUUGAUUUAGUAAAAACCUCCUCGUUUGGUCAUUUAUUCAUUUAGCACACACCACUUUCUCUCCGUUUGGCGUUAUUUUACUUUCAUAUUCUUACAUAACCCAAACUUGACUACUAUACUAUAUUCCACUGUAAUAUGCGGUUAACAUGUGAAGAAUAAUAGAAUACGAGGAAAUAUUUUAAAACAUUUGUGAAACCCAGCCGGUGAUUUGCAUUUUCCAAGUGAAACAAUUCCCGUUUUCUGGGUGGGAAGCGAUAUUCGCGUCGCGCGGCGAUGACGUCAGAACCGGAAGUGCGUGCCGAACACGCGUGUUCCCUGCAGCUGUGAAGUAGACAGAAGUUCUGCUCGAUGCUCCUGUUCGCCUGCAGUGGUCCGCGGAUGGAUGGAUGCUGAAGAUGAUGGGCAGGUUGUGUUUUGCUCAUAAGACUGCUCUGGCCCCUAUGGUGCGGGUGGGCACUCUGCCCAUGAGACUGCUGGCUCUGGACUAUGGAGCAGAUAUUGUGUACUGUGAGGAGCUGAUUGACAUCAAAAUGGCCCAGUGUGAGAGAGUGGUAAACGAUGUUUUGGAGACGGUGGAUUUUGUUGCUCCAGAUGAGCGUGUGAUGUUUCGCACCUGCAGUAAAGAGAAGGGCCGCGUGGUCUUUCAGAUGGGAACGGCUGAUCCGGAGAGAGCGCUGGUUGUGGCUAAGCUUGUGGAAAAUGAUGUGGCGGCUGUUGAUGUGAAUAUGGGCUGUCCCAAAGAAUACUCUACAAAGGGAGGAAUGGGUUCAGCUCUUCUCUCUGACCCUGAGAAAAUUGAAGCUAUUCUAAGCACUCUUGUGAAUGGAAUUUCAAAACCUGUUACAUGUAAAAUCAGAAUCCUUCCUACACUUGAGGACACAGUGAAUUUAGUGAAGAGAAUUGAAAAAACAGGAGUGGCAGCCAUAGCGGUGCACGGCAGGAUGAAAGAAGAGCGGCCACGGCAUCCAGUCCACUGUGAUUAUAUCCAGGCUGUGGCUGAGAGUGUGUCCAUACCAGUCAUCGCCAACGGAGGCUCUUCAGACAUAGUGAAGACAUUCGAGGACAUCGAGAAGUUUCGAGCUGCUGCAGGAGCCUCGUCUGUCAUGCUGGCUCGGGCCGCCAUGUGGAACCCCUCCAUCUUCCGCCAGCAGGGGGCGCUGUCUGUGGAGGAGGUGAUGGAGGACUACAUCAGAUAUGCUGUUCGUUAUGACAAUAACCCAUUUAACACCAAAUACUGCUUAUGCCAGAUGCUCAGAGACCGAGUCGAGUCUCCAUUUGGAAAACGGUUGCAUGCAGCUCAGACCAACGAAGAAAUAUGUGAGGUGUUUGGAAUGACUGACUUCUACAACAAGACCAAAGCUGAACUGGAGGCCAGAAAAGCUGCUCUGCAGACCAACGGCGAUCAGACAGAGCAACCAACACAUGAAGAUGAUCUCAUCACAAUGCCUGUCCGCUUCGAAAGGCGAGAUUACCCUCCUCAGAUCACACCAAAGAUGUACCUGCUGGAAUGGAGCCGCAAGGAAAAGCUUGAUCAACCUGUAUAUGAGACGGAACAGCGAACUCAAGAUCGAGCUUUUCAGUCUACAGUUAUCAUUGACAAUAAAAAGUACCGCUCUGCCCUGUGGGAGAAAUCAAAGAAGUUUGCAGAGCAGGCCGCGGCUAUAGUGUGUUUACGCACGCUCGGGCUUCCAGAGGGUCGAAUCGGAGAGGAGCACAGCGGACUGGUAAAUAAACGCAAGAGGGACGACAAGAAAUGUGCAGCGCUAGAUGACAGUGAGUCAGCAGCACGAAAGAGACACACAAGUGAAGUCCCACAGGAAGAGGAAGAGGAAAUGAUAUGCAGGACGAAAGUUGUGAAUGGUGUCUGUGGUCAGACCACACGUUAACAUUGGCCAAAAACUCAUCAUCUGAGCUCGCUGUAACCGACAUUUCAUUCCUUUUCAUUACAGUGCAAAGUGCAGUUUUAUCUGACAAAUAACAGUGCUCUUUGUAGUUGCCUUUAAGUUUGUUAAAUUCAGUGUUCCCUUUUCAGGUGCCACCUCUGUCUUAUUGCACACUAGUACUGGUUUGUAAUUUGCUCUAUGCGACUCAUGGAGGUAUAAUGAGAUUGUUUGUAUUAAAUACACUUUUAAAAUAAUUUUGACAGAUUUCCACUCUUCUCCAGAAAGGGUGCAUUGUAUAUCCAAAUACUUACAGUACAAGGAAGUACCAGAGGUACCAUAACAUGUCAUGAAACUUUAUUUAUUUUAAGUAUUUCUUUCUUUCUUUCUUUCUUUCCAGCAUUAUUGCAAAAUAAACCAGUUUAACUGUUUACUUAACUUGUUUUUUCUCCAUGUACAGUACAAGGAAAUCUUCAGUGACUCACAAAUGUCAAAACCUUGUAAGUUGCAUAACUAGACAGCAUUUUGGGUAUUAUUAUGCACAAAUGAUGACCAAAAAUGCUGUAUAGCCUAUGUAGGCAGCCCUUUAUUUAAAAAAA